AUGAACUACUACUCUGAUGCUCUUGCUUUAGCUGAAAAAGGAGGAGAUGCUAAGUUAGAAUCUCCCAACCAUCCAUCCUCCCUAGAAUUUGAGAAGGAGAUGCUAUUGGUGAAUAUCGAUCACAACCACUAUCCGCGCAGGGGCCACGUACGUGGCGCAUUCAUCUACUGCGCCGUUUAUGGUGGCCUCACACGUUUCAUCUUUGCUGCUGUUUCGUUAGGGAAAGUCCAGUACGCAGACUGGAGAGUAGCGUCACGGGAGGAUGUAACCCUGGAACAAAUCUCAAUAAUUGCAACCUCUCAAUCAUGA